AUGAUUUCGAGCCACGUACAAGGCACGGGAGUUGGCACUCCAUCAGCAACGCGAAAAUAUAUGCGGUCCCGCAGUGGAUGUCUAACAUGCAAGCAACGCAAGGUGAAAUGCAACGAGCAGCAUCCAAAGUGCUCCCAUUGCGAGAGGCUCAACAUGGAAUGUAUAUGGGCAUUCCCACGUCGUGCGCCUGUUCCAUCAACAUCACCUUCGGCCGACCAGCUCCUGCGGUUGCAGCAAUUUGCAACACCGGACGAUUCUCUACCCUUGGCAUGGAGCGAAACCUUGGAUCCCUCGUUUCUGCCCGCCGAUGGAUUCGAUUCUAUGCCCUUGAUGCGAAAUCUGCCAUGGUCAGAGUACAACGACGACCUCAGCAGAGGACCAUUGGGUGAUUCGCUCGACUAUGCAAUAUCUGAGCGGCCAAACCGACCAACAGAAGAAGUUGCCGGAGGCGGCGACUCGAGCGUCUGUAGCCCCCAACCUCACUGGACGAGUCGACCCAAAAACAAGUCUAGCGAACUGGAUGACGGUGAAUUCAUCAGGUUUUUUGUCGAUUCACUAACACUGCCACUUCUGGAGGAUGUCGAGGCGCGGCAGAAGUGGUCAACGGUACGGCAUGACGUAGUGGGCAUGGCGCGAAUGUCCUCCAUGGUCAGAAACGCGAUAUGCGCCUUUUCAGCCUUGCUAAUGGCUCGAAAGGGCAACGUGCAUGUCGAAGACGGAAUCUUCUACUACCAGAAGGCAUCAUCUGCCCUGACCAGUUUGGCCGAACCAGCCUCGUUGAGCUACAGUCACCACCGUGAACAUGCUCUGGUGGUGCUCUUCUUUCUUUGCUACAUUGACAUUUUGGAGACAAGGAUGGAGGCGGCUCACGCCCAUCUGAAAAGGGCCUUCAAUGUCUUCCAAGGCGCAGAUAAAACGACCUUUUCAUGCACUGAGAAGCAGUUUCUCCUUUGGAUCCGCCUGUUGGACGCACGGGCUGUGUCAGCUGGAGGAGAGGGUUUAUUUCUCAUCGACGAUAAUGAGGCAAUCCUGACGGAAAACUCUCCAGCCUGCCAUGGCUGCAACACGGACAGUCCCGAAACGCACCUUGAUGUGGUCGAGGAUGCGGUCGAGGACGUUCUGUUCCAAACUCUCUACCACCCAGGACUUGUCUUCUUCCAAAAAGUGCAGAGUUUCAGCGGUCGGAUAUCCAAGAUCGACCCAUGGCACCGAUCUCGGGGCACCGUGGAGGACGAGAUUGAAGUAGUGAAUAUCGGCGCAUCAAUCGCCGCAGGACUUCGUUCGCUGUACGACCACCGCCCUCUGCUGAUGGACCUAGCGAUAGCAGGAAAAGUAACGGAACCACACCUCUCGCGUGCUCUUUCCGGCUCCAUCACAAGAACGUAUCGAACAUACCUGUCCAACUUCUAUGCCUGCAGGGUCCACCUCCAUCGAGUGGCAUACAAAUCUCUCCCACUAACCAAGGAGGCAGAGGAUGCCUUGGCUCACAUCCGCACGAUGGCGCACUGGAUUGUAGACGAGCUGGACCCUUCAGAAAACCUGCCCGUUACCAUGCUCUGGCCGCUACUCAUGCUCGGAGCUGAGGAAGGAGACGAGGGAGAAAGACUAUGGAUCAAAGAGCAGAUCUUGCGCAUGGAGAAGGUAGCAGGCAAUGCGCGGUUGACGACCAAAGUGCUAGAAGAGGUCCAGGCAAGACAGGAUGCCGCAAAGCAGAGGAUAGAUAUUCGGUCGGUGAUGCAUUCGGUACAUAAUUCAUGCUUCGCUAUCGUAUGA